AGUUUCUUGUGCAAUCUACAGAAAUUCGAUGCUGUAGUAUUUGUUUCUCUUAUAACAGGCCUCUAAUUCACGCCUCAGUGACGGCGCGACGCUGCACACUGAAGCCAGUCUUUUCAAACACGCUAAGCACGAAACAUCGGUUUCGGCGGGGCAGCACCGUGUGGCGCCCCAGCUGGAGACUGUCCGCUUUGUCCCCUUUGUUGUCAAGACCUCGAGACCAGGGGUCCUUCGAUAUCACUACAGAACUUAGGAGUCGAAGCAAGCAACCCGACACCGUAUUUUUCGAGAUAUACAGUCGCCGCUGCCCACGCCUUGAUCGUAUAUACUGGCCGAAGUUGUCUCAACACCCAUCGAGCAUUAGUUACACGACCGUACGCCAGCAAUCAUCAUGUCCACCGCCCCCAAGAAGCCUCCUUCUGGAGGCGUCGGGCGAGUAUCGAACGCGGAGACCGGCUCAUCCCCCAGCUCGUCACCCUCGCGCAGUAGCUCGGCGCGCUCAACGUCGACACCUGCCAGUGGACACGCCCGCACACGAUCAGUUCGCACAGGCACGCCAGUGUCAGCCCGAGCAGCAAUCACGCGACGAGACACGGGCGGCAUGAGCGGCGCCGAUUCGGAGGCUCGAGCGGACGCCGCGGCCGCAGUCGAAGAUCUGCAGCAACGACUCGAGAAGGAAGAAAAGCAGUCUGAGCAAUACAAGAAGCAAAUCGACGUGCUGCAAUCAAAGCUGGAGGACUCUACGAAAGAAUCGGCCAAGAUGGAGGAGAAGGUACACGAACUCGAGGAACACAUCGAAACGCUCAGCAACGAGAAACGCGAGGCGACGCGCCAGAUCAGAGAGAUGGAAUCCAUCUACGAGUCGGAGAGGAGCUCCAUUCUCAAGGAGAAGGAGGAAAUGGCCAAUCGAGAAGAGGAGAUGCAAACUGUGAUACAGCGGCUCAAGGACAGCUUGGCGUCAAGAAACAACGGUGACGACGAGGGCAGGCCCUCGCGACAAGCAAAUCACUCGCCGUCUCUUGAUGGCAACAGCUUCGCACCGCCGUCGUCUCUUCAGCGAAGUGACUCGCGCAACAGCUCGAAGCUCAUCCUCCAGAAAGACAAACUCAUCGAGUCGCUCCGUCUCGAACUCGCCGAGGCCCAGAUCAAGCUCGUGGAAACGGAGAAUCAAGGCGGUGGACGGCUGCAGGAAGUCGAGCGCCUCCUCAUGGAGGCGCGUAUGGCGAAUGCGCGUCUGAUGGAGGACAAUGAAAGCUAUCAGUUGCUUCUGCAGGAGCGGACUCUCAAGGGCGACUUUGGCCAAACCGACUUUAGCUACAUGGGCGCCAACUCGAAUCAGGAUGCACUCGCUGCGCUCGAGGGCAAGACUGGCGGCUCCUCUCUAGCAGACGAACUCAGCGAGGUGGCCGAGGCUGACGGCGAAAGCGACAAGCCGCGCACUGAAUCGCGCCUCGAGAGCGAACUCAAGUCGAUGAAGGAGCAGAACAAGGCGCUGACGUUGUACAUUAACAAGAUCAUCGAGCGCCUUUUGCAGCACCAGGACUUUGAGUCGAUCCUCGACACUUCGACAGGAGAAAUCAAGCCAGCAGCAGAUACGAAUAAGGACCUUCCUGCGCCUCCUGGCGACAAAAACCAGACCUUCCUGCAGAGAGCAAAGACCAUGGCUGUUGGGGGACCUGCGAAGGCCAAGCAACGUCCCAUGUCGAUGAUGCCUGCCAACACACCGGCUGCCAACUCGGCGCAUACCGAUCCCGAGACGGCGCCCAGUAUUCCCAUCAACAACCUCACCCGGUCAACCAGCACGCGAAGAUCGCGACCACAGAGUGAACAGUACACGGGAGCGGCAAGUCUUGUGAGCCAGAUGUACAAAGGGCCAGACGGCCCUAUUUCACCAUCUCUGAACAACCCUCGUCACUCGCAGUCCUUCUUCUCGCCAGCGUCCAUGUCGGGCAACAACCCCAACACAGCUGCUCGUUAUCCAUCGGGCAGCAACACGACCACCUCGAGCGGAAACUUCCCGGGCAUGCGCAGCGAGACCUCGAGUGUCAGCGGAGAUUCAGGCGACCUGUCGACGCCGCCUUCGCAGUCGCCUCCGCGCUCGCAUAGCGACAAGGGGACGACGUUUUCCGGCGGCAAGCCUCGGCCACUGCGGCUUGUGCAGGAAAACCCCGACGUCGGCAAGAAUGACAAGCGGGCGAGCUGGAUUCCUGCGAGCUGGAGUUGGGCCAAGAAAGACAGCAAGGACGAGGCGACGGGCACGGGCAACCCGAUUUCGGAGUAGAGUCCGACGGAGGCGCUGCGAUCGUUCAUUCUCGGCAACGAUUUGUCUAGAGGGCUGCGCUGGGAUAAUUUUCACGAGUAAUCACUUGGAUACAUGGUGUCGUUGGGGGGUCCCUUGGUAUAUGGUGUACGACUGGGUCAGCGUUCAGGAGGCAAACAUGUAUACAUCAUUACGGUCAAUGACGGCGCAUGGACGGUGUUGUCGGCUGGUCCGGAGAUUGAAGACAUUGUAUGGGUUCACUGUAGUCGAAGAUUAGGUUUGCAGAAGGUCACGACGGCUGCUACACUGGGUCGUAUCUGUCGUGCCUGUCAACGUAUAUUUAGGCUGGGUGACCAGACUUGCAGCGCUAUCACUCAUUCUAAUGCAAAUCAUUAUCUACAAGCCUGUAUCAUGUUUAUGGCAGUAUGUA